AUGAGUCUGAGCCGACGAACAGAUCCCCUGCGUCUACUUCCCGCUUCGAUACUCACAUCUCCCUCCCCCCAAAGCCCAAGUCCUUAUACCCGCCUUCUAUCCUGGGAUUGGCAAUGGUUGCCCGAGGCGAACAAAGGAAUAUUCUCCGAUGAAUCUUCCGACGGGCCAUCUGAGAUAUAUUCAAUGGUUAUCUGGGAAAUCUCGCUCUGGACAUUGAUUGGUCCGAUCUUGGUUGGGACCCUAUAG